AUGAAGUUCAUUCCAGCAGGUGUUGUCCCCUUGCUGUUGAUGAUCCACUGCAGAUUGGUGGUUGGCAGGGCACUGACAGUGAACCCCUCCAGCUCCAUGUGUGAAAACACGCAUGUGUGCAAACCCAACGUGGCUGAGCAGACCCGGAAGCUAGUGGUGCUGCUCAAUGCAACAGCUCAGGAUCUCUUCAGCAUCUAUCUGGACUGCCAAGGCGACCCAUUCAGCAGCCACCUGGAUGAACUCUGCAAUGCCAACGGAACCAACUUCCCUGACUUCCACGUGAACCGAACCAGCCAUAAGGAUAUCAUGGUGGCCUUAUACAAGGUCUUUGCCUUCCUGAACGCCUCACUGGGCAACAUCACCAGGGACCAGGAGGAGCUUAACCCCAUGGCCAAGGAGCUACUGGAGCGGCUCCACAACACCACCAAGACUACACGGGGCCUGAUCUCCAACCUGACCUGCCUGCUGUGCACCGACUACAAGGUCUCCCAGGUGAACGUUACCUACGGCAAGAGCAGUAAGGGCAUGAACGUCUUCAAGAAGAAGCAGCAGGGCUGCCAGGUGCUGAGAAGGUACGUGCAGGUCGUCUCCCAGGCGGCACAGGUCCUGCUACCUCACCUCUCGCAGGCAUGA